AUGUCCGUGAUACUUUCGGACCCGUAUCGAGACUUCGUGAUCCACUGCCCUUCUCCAAACAAGCCUGACGACUAUGAUCUGAUCGUGUUCGGUUCGUCCCCGUCACAGCUGUGCACCAAGCUGAUGAGCGGACUUCCCUUUCCCUCCGAGAAUACUCUCCCUUCCUUUGGCACGCACCUGACGGUGCUGCCUCAUCCUGUCUGUCAGCCGAACAGCCACGAUGAGCCUCAGUCAGCCUAUGUGAGCGUAAAUCAGAUGCUCCCGCAUCAUCUGCCUCACUAUGACUACGUGAUAUCGACUCCACAGGAGAGCAGGAAACGGGUCCGGUCCAGAAAUGAAAACGACCUUGACCGUGACAUCGAUCGCAAUAUGAGAAUGCACCAAUCUCUCCCACCGUUGUCUAUAGAUGUCCCUUCAGUUUCAGCCACAGAGCCUCGACAGGUCUUGUACCCAAUGCAUGGCGACUACUCGACUUCUCACCCGUCCUCUGGUCACGACUUAUCUCCGCCUAUUUCUCUGUCCGUUCCGCAGCACCAUCACCACCACCGUCUCCCUCCCCAGGCGCUGCUGGACUCCAGCCAUGGCCUGGGUUCUCACUCGCCCCCGAUGCCGGGAGUACCACCCAGCGUCGUGGGUCAACCUGGAAUGCCCGAGCCAGCGCCAAGGCCCCGAGGGCCCAAGCUCAAGUUCACCCCGGAAGAAGAUGCGUUGCUUAUUGAUUUGAAAGAGGACAAAAAUUUGACUUGGAAACAGAUCGCGGACUUCUUUCCGGGCAGAACAAGUGGCACUUUGCAAGUCCGGUACUGUACCAAGCUGAAGGCGAAGGAUGUGGUCUGGACGGAUGAAAUGGUAAGCGCAUUCCCUUUCUUGGAAGAUUUUGACGUUGAUCAUAGUCUGCAUGUAGGUACAAAGACUGCAUCACGCAAUGGAUGA